CUCCCCUGCGUUGCAUUCUGGACCACCUGCAUACUAGCAUGGCAUUCGGCGUAGAUGUCUCUUUAGAUCUCUUUCUGGGCGGCACAGUGGUCUUAUCACGACAUGAGCGAUUCCACAUUUUCCAGGCUUUCUGUUAGACGUGCGCCUCAUUGCGAAGCUUAUGCUGUGACGGCCGCACGAUAUAUCCCACUCCUAAUGAUUGCUCAUUGUCGUCCCUCUUCAGACGGGACUUUCAGCCAGGCGGUUGCCCUGCUCUGGCGACAGUCGUGGCGUUUCGAUCGGGCGGCGUGCAUGCGAAGGGUAAUGGCGUUUCUGUUUCUAGGCGGGUCUUUUGCUCUGUUUUUCCGAUUGUUUUGCAUGGGUAUCAUGUUUGUGGUCGUGUGUGCGUUCCUGGCGUCAUCCCCGCCUCGCUGGCUGGUGAGGCGCUGAUGAAUGGCAGUUAGCGCUGCGGUUUUCAGGGUCGAACGAGGAAUGAAUGGCGGUG